CUCAUCGUAUGAAUGCAAGCUAUGCACCUUCAUGGAACGUAGCAAGGUCUAGCAACUUUGGUGGCUGCCAUGCAGUCUGUCCUCCAACUUCGUCCUUCUCCCCGUACUUAUCAUCCCCGACGCCCGCAUCGCAAAUCCCGCGCUGGCUGCCUCGUUUGCAAGCAGCGACGGGUCAAGUGUGACGAGGGAAAACCAUCCUGCCACCGAUGCCAGAAACUCGGGUUCGACUGCAGCUAUGAGCCCGAGACCAAAGACAAAGACAGCGUCAGCGUCUUCCUUGCGAGUCCGCCCGAUUCAAAAGCGUACUGCAUGUCGGUGGAUACCGUGACCAAGAAUAUCAACGAGAUACUGCAGUUGGAUUCAAAAAGCGGCCCAUUGUCCGUCGUGCAAGCAUUGCAGCACUUCCACCAUGGCCUAACAAACCCGGCGCUCGGGCCGAAAGGCGCUCAAUCCGCUAUGCAGGCGAAGAUCAUUCAGCUAGGGUUUAAUUCACCCUUUCUACUGCACACUAUCAUUGCAGCAGCCACUUCGCACAUCCGUCAUCUGGCUUCGGAUGGUCGUGUCUAUACCUUCACGGAAACUUACCACUGGCAGCAGGCCAUUACUCAGUACUCUCGGGAAGUUACCUCCAUCGGCCCGAAGAACACGGAUAGUCUUAUCUCUGCGUGUUUGCUGUUGACUAUUCGUUCCUUUUCUUUAGACGAAUACGACCCCCUCAGCUCGUUUGUCUUUUCAGACGAUAUUGCCUCAUUGAGUUGGCUGACCUUGCAAGGGGGGUUACGCCAUCUGAUCAUGGCUACGGCGCAGUGGAAAGCUGGCAGCAUGUGGUGGGAAGUAUUCAUGAAGUCUCAAAAUGAGACGAUGGAUCUCUUUGAGGAUGAGCGUCCUGGACGGGUGGCUAUUCAUCCGGGGCUAGCUGAUCUGUGUGGGAUUGAUGACACGACCACCGCAGAGACGAACCCGUAUCAUGCGCCAGCACGGAUACUGACAGGACUGCUGUCGCUGGAGCGAGGAGUCCGGAGUUUUGCAUCCUACACGGGAUGGAUGGGGAGGCUGCUACCGCAGUUCUUUGCCAGAUUGAUGCAGAAAGAUCCACCGGCACUAGUGUUGCUGAGUUGGUGGUUGGGUUUGAUGUAUGGGACGGACAUGUAUUGGGUCGAGACGCGAGCGAGGUCAGAGAUUACAGCGAUCACAUGGUACCUGGGUGAGGGAUGGGAUGAGUUUGUGAAAUUUCCAACAGAAUGUAUAGAAGACUACGAGAAUGCUUGCAUACCAGCGUGA